CCCAAAACAAACGGAGAAAAAAAAAUACUUCGGGGAGCGCGAGACGAGACGAAUCGAGCUCGAAUCGGAGGAGAGCAGAGUAGCCGGCGGCGGCGGGCAUGGACGAUCUCAGCGUGGAGGAGCUCGCCUCCAACCUCACCACCUACAAGGACCAGCUCCGCGAGGUUAGGAAGCUUAUCAAGGAGAAAAAGGAUGAUGCUGGAAUUUCUGAAUAUGUUGAUAUGGAAAAGGAGCUUCAAGAGGUCAUUACAUUGACUGAAGAGCUUUUGGCAACUGCAAAUCAAAGUGAAAGUGCCCAGAACGAUGCACUGGAUGACCUCUCACAGUCCCAUGAAAAGUUUGCAGUUGGUACCAAAGUGCAAGCUGUGUAUAGUGAUGAUGGAGAGUGGUACAAUGCAACAAUUGAAGGUCUGACACCAAUUGGCUAUUAUGUAACCUAUGAUAACUGGGGAAACAAGGAGGAGGUGGACCCUGCUAAUGUCAGACCACUUGAAGCUGCUGAUGCUUUGGGACAAGCUGAAAAGGAAGCUGAAGCAACCAAAAUGGCACUAAAGAGAAAAAUUGAGCAAGCCGCAACAUCUGACUAUCAGAUUAAAACCUUGCCCACCAAACUUAAGAUUGAUCCAAACGAUCCUGAAGAUGUGAAAACAGCGAAACGUAAGAAGAUCCAUGCUUUCAAGUCAAAAGCCCGCUUUGAGCAACUAGAAUUUGCUCAGAAUAAGCGGCAGAAUGCAUGGCAACAGUUUCAAACAACCAAGGGGAAAGCUAAAAAGGUUGGAUUUUUUUCUGGCCGCCAAAAGGAGAGCAUCUUCAAGUCACCGGAGGAUCACAGAGGUAAGGUUGGUGUCACAGGUAGCGGGAAAGGCCUGACUGACUUCCAGAGGAGGGAGAAGCACCUGCAUCUCAAGGAUGGUUCUGGAGAUACACUGGACGAUGAGGAAUAAAUCAGGGUUCGGAGAUGCUGCCAUGUCCGUCACUUAAUGCCGGACUGACCUCCGCCAGAGGCUCUGUAGUUUGUAUGCUGAACCUGUUGAGGCUAGAAAUCACAUAGAUAUGAAUGUUGUUUUCAUGUCGUCUUUUACUGCCUAAGUUUACACCACAGUUUCAUUACGGUUUUACUAUUCAGCCCUUGGUGGAGUUUAAUACAAAAAACUUAUUGGCAGAACAAGUUUUGUCACA